AUGUCUAAUUCAAAGUCUAGAGAAGUUAUUUCAAUUCAUAUAGGACAAGCUGGAGUUCAAAUUGGUAAUGCAUGUUGGGAAUUGUAUUGUUUAGAACAUGGAAUCACUCCUGAUGGAAUGAUGGAUGUAGAUAUUUCUUAUGGUAUUGAGGAUGAUUCAUUUAAUACAUUUUUUUCUGAAACAUCAACAGGAAAACAUAUUCCUAGAUGUGUUAUGGUAGAUCUUGAACCAACCCCUUUAGAUGAAGUAAGAACAGGUGCCUAUCGUCAUUUAUUUCAUCCUGAACAAUUAUUAUCAGGAAAAGAAGAUGCAGCUAAUAAUUAUGCUAGAGGUCAUUAUACUAAUGGAAGAGAAAUUAUUGAUGUUUGUAUGGAUAGAAUUAGGAGGUUAACAGAAAAUUCUAAAGGAUUACAAGGAUUUUUAAUUUUUCAUUCUUUUGGAGGUGGAACUGGUUCUGGGUUUACGGCGCUUCUUAUGGAAAGAUUAAGUAUAGAUUAUGGUAAAAAGUCAAAAUUGGCGUUUUGUGUUUAUCCUGCUCCACAAGUUUCAACAGCAAUGGUAGAACCAUAUAAUUCUAUAUUAACAACUCAUACAACUCUUGAACAUUCUGAUUGUAGUUUUAUGGUUGAUAAUGAAGCCAUAUAUGAGAUAUGCCAUAAUAAAUUAGACCUCCCAAGACCAACAUAUACAAAUCUCAAUAGAAUUAUAGCACAAGUCAUUUCAUCAAUAACAGCUUCACUUCGUUUUGAUGGUGCAUUAAAUGUUGAUUUAACAGAAUUUCAAACAAAUCUUGUUCCAUAUCCUCGUAUUCAUUUUCCAUUAAUUACAUAUGCACCUAUCUCUUCUGCCGAAAAGGCAUUUCAUGAAGAUUUUACUGUUCAUGAAAUUUCAAAACAAUGUUUUGAACCUGGAAAUCAACUUGUUAAAUGUGAUCCAACUCAUGGUAAAUAUAUGGCAUGUUGUAUGCUUUUUAGGGGUGAUGUUGUACCUAAAGAUGUUAAUAAUGCUAUAGCUAAAAUUAAAAGUAAUAAAAAUAUUCAAUUUGUUGACUGGUGUCCAACAGGAUUUAAAGUUGGUAUUAAUUAUCAACCACCAACAGUUGUUCCUGGAGGAGAUUUAGCUAAACUUCAAAGAGCUGUUUGUAUGUUAAGUAAUACAACAGCUAUUGCUGAAGCCUGGGCUAGAUUAGAUUAUAAAUUUGAUCUUAUGUAUGCUAAAAGAGCUUUUGUUCAUUGGUUUGUUGGUGAAGGAAUGGAAGAAGGAGAAUUUACAGAAGCAAGAGAAGAUUUAGGUGCAUUAGAAAGAGAUUAUCAAGAAGUGGCUAUUGAUAGUAAUGAAGGAGAAGAUGAUGAAUACUAA